UAUUCUGCUGAGAGAUCAGACAGAGUCAUGUCGUUCUUCCACGGAUCUGAGCAAGCGGCGAGGCUUUUCCUGGCGAUGUGUGUGUGGGGAGUCUUCCUUCAGCCAGCAGAGCAGUUUCCGGUGGGAGAGGGUUUCAAUCUGCUGUUGUACCCGGUAUCAGUGAUGGGGCCGUACGGAUCUCACACAGUUCUGAUACCAUUGAAGUUUAAUGCAUAUCUACAUACUAGAGCAAUGAAAAGUGUUUGUGAGUGUAGGUGUCAUUUUAACUAUUUCUCUGCACAGAUCAGUGCUCAAAGUGUGUCCAAGCCUUUACAUGCAAGCAGUGGGUUUCUCCAGCCGGACCCCACCCCUGACGCUGCCCCUAGCCCUGCCCGUGUCCUGUCUGAAUCUUUGCCUUUGCAGGGGCAGAUGUCAAAUUUUGUCUCCUCAAACGUUCCUCUGCAGGUCUAUUCAUUUGUCCAGCAGGCUGUAAUCUCAGACUCAGGCAGUUCAGAGGAAGGAGCCGCUGCUCAGGUGAUCUAUAUGGUUCCCAUCAGCGUGGGUUCACCCAGCAUGGGUGUGAUGGAGGGCAAUCCUGGCCCUGAACCCCUGCAGGUCGUGGGCACCACCACCCCUGCUGUGGCACGGCUGGAUGCUCGGGGACAGCGGGGACAGACAGAGAUGCCCGCUCCUGGAGAGAAAGUCCUCUGACCACAAAUACGCCACAGGAAAAACACCUGCUGAUCAGAAAAUCAAAGGCCUUUCACUGAUGCCUUCUGUGCUGAUUCCUAAAAUAACUUCGGCUAUAAUUACAGCUUCAAUUUCAGCUAUAAAGCAGCUCUACAGACAAUAUUGGGUCAUUAUUCAGUUCUAAUUAUUCAGCAAGCUCAGUUGUUUCCAUACAAUGAAUAUUAAUUUUCUUUUAAGCCCCAGAUUAUGUCAUUCAAUUCUCUUUACUGUCACUGUAUUUCAGUAGCGUUCCCAACGAUCAUUGCAGUUUUAAACCCAACUCUCCUAUAAAAGUUUAAACUGCAGAAAACAAGCGAGUAACAAAGAAACACUGAGGUUUUACUUUAAGGUAACAGAGGAGGUUAAAUCUGUCUGAUUACACACACACGAGACGAAUGUUGUAUUGUGCUUAUCCUUUUUCUCUUAUUUGCCUUGGAAAAACUCUGGAGUGAGAUUGAACUGCUAAUUGUCAUUUUCAGGAUGUGAGUUACUGUGAGAACUUGGCAUUUCCUCUCAUAUGUGUGACCUUUGACCUCAGUAUCAUUUGCAUUCAGUGGAUUCGUUUAUUUACAUUAAAGUCUG